AUGGCAUAUGAGAAAGAGAGAGAAUAUUUAUCAACUCUAAAUAAUGAAAAGAAAGAAAAAGCAUGGGAUAAUUCUUCCAUUCGGAAGAUCCGUAAUGGCCCUACGGAAUUGGACGUCUCGAAUACUGAUGAACCUGCAACAUCAAGAUUGGUUCUCGAUACAAAACCUCCAAGAAACUUGAAAUAUGAGAAAACGGAGGGAAUUCCUAAUUCUCCAUCUUUAACUUCAGCCCCAUUUUCCUCGUCGGCAAAUGCACAUUCUGCAUUUGGUGUAAUUGAGAAAGCACCAUCAUCGAAUAUAACACCCUCCGGUACUUCUGUUUUGCACCGUGGAUCUUCUGCUACCCAGAAACCUCAGGCAUUUAAUAGAGAAGCCGACCAGAAUUCACAAAUAGUUGGUAAUUCUGCACAUUCACAAUCCGCAGUGGAUGGCAGGCCCAGCGUUUUCGAUAGCGCACUAAUCCCUCCACCUAUCCCAGAAAGUUUGCCUACCACCCCUGGUUACGAGCUAAAUGGUACUUCGUAUUUCGAUUUGCCCAGAAAAAACGGAUAUUCGCUUCCACAUCAACAAACGGUUUUAGCCGCUACUGGUGAGACAGUUACUCCUUCGACUCUUGCCCCAGAUGCUCGGGAAGGCUCCGAAAGUCAAGAAGAGCAUCUUCUCAGGUCAAAAAAAAAGCUUGAGGAUGUCUCCAACGGUUUGACCCUUAGUACUCCUCGUGAAACCUGGCGUUUGGUGGCUGCUAUUAUAUUUGCCUUUACGGCCGGUCUUUCCGAUGGCGCACCCGGAGCAUUAUUGCCUCGAAUUGAGGAAUAUUAUGGAAUUAAUUACACCGUUGUUUCUAUGAUCUGGAUGUCUAAUGCAGUUGGAUAUAUAUCCAUCGCUCUUUCUUCAUUUAAACUAGUCCCGUGGAUGGGUUACAGAAAUCUUUCCGCUUGUGGCUGUGUCUCACUUGUUAUAAUGUAUGCACUUGUUUGCGGUGCACCACCUUUUCCACUUGUUGUGAUUGGUUUCUUCUUUGGUGGAAUGGGACUUGCAACAAACUUCUCUUUCCAAAAUAUAUUCCUUGGCAGAUUUAAAAAAUCAUCCGUUUACCUAGGAUUUUUCCAUGGGGGUUAUGGAUUGGGCGCUUGUCUUGGACCUUUAAUUGCAACCUCUAUGGUUAAUGCUGGCCAAAAAUGGAGUAACUAUUAUUUCAUUAUGGUCGCUAUCUCGUCAUUUAAUACGCUCAAUUUGUAUUUCUCCUUUAAAGGGUACGAGAAUGAGCAGAAAGCGUACGAGGAAUACGAUCCUCUGUUGGAAAAACAAGCUGAUGUCAGAACUCCAGAGAAAUUAGAGUCCCAGACGGAUAUACCCCUCGCGGACAUUCAAGGAACGUCAACUGUGCAGAAAGCCACGAAGAAUGGUAACAAAAGUAUGAAAUCCAGCGUGCACAAUGUUAGUGAGAAAACUUUCGAACAUGUUAAUCCUGAAAUUGAAAACUCAGGUAAAAAAUCAGGACAUGUUUCUGAUCUAAUGGUUUCUUUAAAAUCACCAGUCACUUGGUAUCUUUCGUUUUUUGUCCUCUUUUAUGGCGGUGCAGAAGUCUCCAUGGGUGGUUGGAUUGUCACCUUUCUAGAAGUCUAUCGACAUGGAAGCACAAAGACAACAGGUUAUGUUGCAUCCGGCUUCUGGGGUGGACUUACAAUUGGCCGUCUUGUUCUUACACCAUUAAUUUAUAAAACAAUCGGCGCAAAAUGCGGAAUAACUGUACUUAUUAUACUUUCAGUUUUCUGCUGCCUUCUAAGUUGGUUGGUUCCUAUUUACCUAGCUGAAGCUGUUUUUGUGGCUUUUCUCGGUUUGUUUACGGGCCCCAUGUAUCCAUUAAUGGUUACAGUCGCAAUAAGAGUUUUACCAAGAAAGAUUCAAGUCAUUUCAAUGACGAUUAUGACUGCAGUUGGAUCUUCUGGAGGAGCUUUCUUCCCAUUUAUUGUGGGCCUAGCAGCUCAAAUGGCAGGUACUUAUGUUGUCUUCCCUUUCAUUAUAGGAUUUCUAUUUGGUACUAUGAUUCUCUGGUCCUUCUUGCCUAAUCCGGAUAGAACCGUUGUUACGAAAUAUUGGCAGCGACUCUUUUAA